UGCACAAAUUGUGGCGGUUCGGUAGUAAUGUCUGCUCGUCCGGAAGAUCCUUUACAGAAGAGCCGUCGACGAAAGCGACGUGAGCUGACGGAAGAGCAAAAGCAGGAAAUCAAAGAAGCGUUUGAUCUCUUUGAUGCAGACAAAGAUCAAGCAAUAGACUACCACGAACUCAAGGUAGCAAUGCGCGCGCUAGGCUUUGAGGUAAAGAAACAAGAAGUGCUAAAAGUACUGCGAGAUUACGAUCGAGAGGGAACAGGAAAGAUCACGUUUCAGGAUUUCUUUGAAGUCAUGAGUGACUGGAUUCGAGAUCGUGACCCAAGAGAAGAGAUCUUGAAGGCAUUUGACUUGUUUGAUGACGAUCAAACCGGGAAGAUUAGCAUUCGAAAUCUUCGACGAGUAGCACGUGACUUGGGAGAAACGAUAUCAGAAGACGAACUAAGAGCAAUGAUUGACGAAUUUGAUACAGAUGGAGAUGGUGAAAUUAGUAAAGAAGACUUCAUGGCCAUUAUGACUGGUGACACGUGAAGAUGUAACUGAAUAGGUGUAGUUACUUAGCAACAUGUAUUAGUGUAUCAUACUUUAGUUUAACGCACCUGGUAAUCUUGCUGCUUGUAGAUCACUUUUUACUGUAUUUGUGCAGGAUUUUAGGACAAUCCCAAUAGUACAUUCAAAGUUGUUCUUUGAAUUGUAUCGUUGUAAUUGGCUGAUUGAAGAGACGAAUGAGAGUUUUCUGGUUUUGAGAUUUAACGAGUAGUUUCUCAAUACCUUAUUCUAUUUGAU